AUGUCGGGUCAGUUUGUUGCUAUGGGCCACGAGAGCUUGAUAUUACUUACACUGAAGAUCAACCAUGUGGCAGAGGAAGAGUUUUGUCUCGGGUUUACCAACCGCUGCCUCAAACCCCUCGGGUCGGUCAGUGAGAUGUGCAUGGCAUUGUACACUUCCCAGUAUGUUUUUGAUUUCUUUUUUUUAGCAAACAAACCAGAUCCUAAGCAUUUGUCUUUUCCUGUCUGUUUCUGUGCAGAAUCUGGACAAUCAGAUAGUUCGAGCCAACAGGGGGACACAGACAUCAAACCACCGCCCAAUGGGCACCUGAGUUUCCAGGACUGCUUUGUCACCUCAGGGGUGUGGAACGUGGCAGAGCUGGUCAGAGUGUCACAGACUCCCGUUGCCACGGCAUCAGGUCCCAACUUCUCACUGGCUGACCUGGACAGCAGUCCCAGCUACUACAACAUCAACCAGGUGGCUCUGGGACGACGCUCCCUGACCUCCCCUCCCUCCACCAGGUCUGAGGUGGAGUUGUACGCAAACCUUCCACGGAGCUCCAACAAGAGGAAGUCAUUAGACGACAGUGAGCUGGAGAGCCCAACGGAUGAUGUUUUCUACCCUGGACGCUCGCCUGCCGCCAGCUCAUCCCAGUCCAGUGCGUGGCCCAACGACAUGGAUGCAGUGCAGCACCAUUUGGCCAGUGUGCAGGAGAGGAAGAUAAAACAUGAAAACGAUGGCGUGCAGUUUCCUUACCAUGGACUGUCCUCGCCUGGUUCACUUAAGAAGCCGGGGAAGUUUGAUUUCAACGCCCUGACUUCCCAGACGAGGUCCCCCCGCAUGGCGUUCACACACCACCCGCUGCCUGUGCUGGCAGGAGUGAGACCAGGGAGUCCCCGUGCCUCAGCGUCAGCCCUGCACUUCCCUUCCUCCUCUAUCAUCCAACAGUCCAGCCCGUACUUCACCCACCCCACCAUACGCUACCACCACCACCAGGACCCGCUCAAGGAGUUUGUGCAGUUUGUGUGCACCGAUGGCACAGGACAGCCCAGCGCACAGCCUAAUGGAGGUGGCCAGAGCAAAAUGCCGGGCUCCUUCCUGCUGCCCCCGCCACCCCCAGUGGCACGCCCUGUGCCCCUCCCCAUGCCCGACUCUAAAAUCAUCAGCACGCCCACUGACGGCGGACUCAGCUCACCCGCAUCUCCGUCAUACUCCACGCCAGGCUCCACAGCUCCCAACCGGUUUGUCGGCAUCGGAACACGGGACAACUUUCUGAAUAUCCCCCAGCAGACUCAGUCCUGGUUCCUCUGACAAGGCCUCUCUGAAUCAAGAGCUUAAAAAUGUGUGAUGGAAAUUGGAAAAUGUAAAAAAAACAAACACACCAACGUUGAUUAAGAACAGACUGCUGACACUAAAAGAUCUUUCUCUCUCGCCAACACUAUUCAAAGUUGUACUACAGAACCCCCCCCCCCCUGCCCCCGAACCCCAAACCACCCCAAGAGGACUCCCAAUCCAACAAGAUUCUAACAGGAACGUCGGUCCCCCUUUACGCAGGAGGCUUCAAUGAGACUGAGUGGACAGAUUCAGAAUGCAAGGAGGAGGAAGAGGAAGAUGAGGAACUGUCUCACACACCACAAAAUGUCAGAAUGGAAACACAAUAUGGAAAACUGACAAAUGACCAAUUACACAUUUGUUCUUUUUUUUUAAUGAUAUUUUUUUUUUCAUUUUGUCUCCACAAUGAAACUCCAUGCAUUGGCUUAGAGAUCCAAAAAAAAAAAAAAAAAAAAAAGUAGUGGUAAGACGGUGAAGGCGGAUGUGCAAGUUGAAAGAUAGUCACCCAAAUAGCACACCUCCAUAUCUGUGUGUUAAUCCGCUCACCUCUCCUCCAGGUGCAUAUUCCCACCUGAUCCCCCACCCCAUCUCCACACCACGGUCCAGACGGUAACCACAGCCCCGUACCUGUGUGUCGCCACGCUCUGCCGCUUCACUCACUCAGCCCUGAGCCUUUUUUUUUUUUUUUCUUUUUUUUUUUUCAUUUCUGAUUGGCCAAUCCUGGUGACACCAUCAGAUGGUGGUCACCCAUAUGCACUAAGUGGCUGGUCUUUGUUUACCUGUCAAAGAAUCAGGGCGUCCUGCUGUGGGAGAAGUGAUAGCCAUGAGGCGAGUGUAAGCGAGUGAACACACGACAGACAGUCAUAACACUAACUCCACAUGUGCUCUUUCGUCCCCUCACCUAUGCACUAUUAAUUUUGAAUAAGGGAUGAACAGUGUUGCACACCGAUGGUCAGAUGAGCGAUCAGAGAAGUGAGUGGAGGCUGGCUGCCACUGCAGGGAUGGGGCUGUGCUAACAGUAGAGUCUGGGUCUUAAAACACACACACACACACACACACACACACACACACACACACGCACACGCACAGACACACAUGCUUGCUUGCAGCCUGUACAUACAGACUUUAUCUUUCAGAAUAGUCUGUAAUACAACCAGCACAUAAUAUCAUCCUGUUAUUAACAAUAGACGCGGGGUUUAAUUUACAGUAAUGCACACGCAGCAUCCGCUUCAAAUAUUAGCUUUUCAGUUUGUUUGUAGGUGUUUUCUUGACAUUUCUUCUUUUUUUUGUGCUGGAUUUGGUUUUGGUUUAGUGUCACUUGGAUUGUUUUAACCUUCUCUUGCAUGUCAUAACACUUUUUGCUUCAGUUUUUUUCAGUUGUCUGUCAAGUAUCAGGCUUAAAACAGAGUUCACCCAAAGAGUAACAGCAGUUUCUCAAAUCUCUCAGUUAUGGACAGCACAGUAACAACAGCUCAUCACAUGCCACCCUUGCAUUGCUUUACCCUGUGUCCCUUAGUCCCAUCACAGGAAAACCCCAGAGGACGACAAACACACACAUACACGCGCACAAACGCACAUUAGAAAUGCACACUUAUACCACCUGACAUUCAAUGAUAAAGGGAAGCCUUUAUAUUUGGUUCUCCAAAAUGCCUUUGUUAAUGGUUUUUCAUUCACUUAAGAUUUUUUUUUUUUUAAUUUGAGAUUUUUUUUUUUCUAUGUAAAUGUUCACAUUUGAAAUUGAGAUUGUUUUUUUUCUUUUCAUCAUGACACAAUCCAACAAAAGCCGACCUCACAAAAUAACUGGACUGCCUAGCUGUUGGUUCUGUUUUGCAGGGAUAGUAAACAGGUCUGAGGCCCUGUUCUCAGCCUCUCUAGUAACAUUAGCUCUAUGUACUAAAACCAUAUAUCAAGUUUAUAACAAUAUAUGAAAGUGCCUCUGUAUUCCCUUCAUGCAAUUAGUAAUAAAUGACUUCAGGUUCUCUUCCCACAUAUAAGCUAAAGCUACAGCAAAUGGUAGCGUUGGUGCAUGUGGAAACCAUUGGCCUAUGACAGAUCUUUAUAGAGGACUGCAAACCUUUUUUUUGUAAAGACAGAGAGAGAGAGAUCUUAUACAUAUAUAUUUAUGAUAUAUGCUCCUUUUUAACUUUUACUACAUGAGCUGGUUGGCAGUCUAGUUAUUUUCUGAACUCUCACCUCCCUUUUCACCCCCUCCACAACCCGUUUCAGUAACAUCCCCUUACUGUUCCCAGUGAGGAUCAAAAACGACACACACCAUCGCCGUCUGCAGCACCGCAUUUAAAAUACCUAGAUAAACAUGUCAAAAAAAUCGACAGUAGGUUUGAAGAAAAAAGUGUUUGUUUUUUGAUGGAAAGUAUUAUUAUUGAAAAUAUGUGUCGAUUGAGCCACGUGCAAUGCAUUGGGUAGAUCAUUGUGUUUGUCUGUUAGAGAUUUUUAAGAAAGCUAUGAGAAAAGAGAAAAAAAAUGUAUUUGUUUCAAGUCUGUAAGCUCCAGGACUCUAAACCAGAGAGCCAUGAAAAAUCCUAGUCUUUGUAAGUUGGGGGUAUUUGUUUUUAUUUCCUUUGUCUCUUUUUUAAUGUUUUAUGUGUAAUCAGUUGUUUAUAAAAAUGUGGGAGGGCUGAAGGAUAAAAAAAAAAAAAUCUACACAACUUGAGGGAAAAAAGAUUCUCUUCUCAUCAGAUGAAAAGUGGUGCUUUUACACUCUAAAGUACAUUCAUACUAUUGUAAAUGAAUGGUAAUGAACAAAAUUAACAGACCAUUAAGGAAACAGCAUUAUUCCUCUCUCUAUUUGUAUUCUUCUUCUAUUUGUAUUGAGUGGGGGGAGAGGUUCUUAUCCUUAAGGUUGUGACACAAAAGGCAUUUCGGUUCAACCUUUAGAAGAAAAAAAGAAGAAAAAAAAAGAACAAACCUAUAAGUUAACCCAUGCACUGCCUGAAACUCACCAGCAGAAAACCCUCCCAGUUGAACUCAUUUGUGUCAUAAGUUCCCCCCAGGUUCUGCAAGAGAUGCUUCACAUGCAGAACUCUUUUCUUCACAUCAUCACCCUGAUUUGUUUCCCAAUCAAAAUUCAGACGGUUGUGUUGAGACCCACACGCAAUGGAAAGAGUAUCAGGUUUAAACCUUGUGUCUCCUGCACGUACAACAGAAAAAAGGGGGAAUAUUUGCUAAAAAAGAAAAUUGAACAGAAAUCUGAAGUCUGAACCAUAGAUAUGAAACAGGCAGCAAGGUGAGCCUCUCCCCUGUUCCACCCCCUCCUCUGUAAAUGACUCUUAUAGUGCUUGUGCUGUAGUGUAUAGUUUCCCAGCAGUUAAAGGUUGUCCCUUAAAAGUGCCUUUUGUUCACAGACUCCAUUUUGUAAACCAGAUCGCCCCCCCCCCUUUUUUUCCGAAACGGCUCGAGGCAGCAGGUUGUCCCCGAGUGCCGCAUGGAGGCACAAAAAAAAAAAAAAAGCAGUCGUCACUUCAGCGCUGGGGGACAACUCUUUUUUCCUCUGCCUUCGAAAUGAAACCUUUCCAUUGUACCUCCCCUUUAUCCUCUCUUCCUUUUCAAAGCUCUAUAUAUAUAUACAUACAUAUAUAUAUAGUACAAAAGGAAACUGGUGUGAAUUAGUUCUUUACUUUUUAUCGAUAAAUGAUGAUGAAAAAAAAAAAACAUUUUGAAAAGGCAAAAAAACUUGUUCUCGUUCAGCUCUUGCUUUUUUCUUCCCCUCUGUCUCCACUGUCAGUUUUCUCUUAGACACUGGAGUAGUCUGUAACUGUGUGUCCGUCACUCUCUGUCUAUCUCUCUCUCUCUCUCUCUCUCUCUCUCUCUCCUGCCCUCUCCGCUGUUGGGAGGGCGAUAAAAAAAAUUGCCGAAAAAACUUUUUGUCUGAGCAGAAUGCAGUUAGCUCACAUGUUAUUCUUGUCUGUAUGCUUCACAUUGUAUUACCAUACCCAUCUUCUUCAGCUUUUUCCAUUCAACAGCUAAUGUAAGUGAACAAAUUACGCUGACGGGCUUUUGGGGGUGUCUUUUGGGUGGGUUUGGAAGGGACGACAGGGGUUUGAAAGAGGUUUACUGAGAAGAUUAAACGGGGUCCUGAGGGCUGGAUGGACUGCUUUGAGAUGUUGGAAAGGUGCUGCUUUGACUAGCAUAAGAGUUUGCUCUUUUGUUUCAGCUAUUUAUUUUUGGCUUUGUUUUAUUCCCCCCUUUUGUUUCUUUUCAAUUAGGAUUUCUUUUUGCUAUCAGGGUAAGCUGUCGUCGAGUCGCUCUUUGAGGGCACCUUAGACUGUACAUGAAAGCUUCAAGCACCUUAUAACCGGACUUGUCCUGCACGAGGCUGGAAGAGGGGUUUUUUGCAUUUCCAGGACAUAUCCCACAAUCUUUUAAAGUGAAGUAUUAUUGUUCAUGGUGGGUUUCACACAGUGAAAACCCUCAGCAGUAUUAGCCAUUUACAACACACCAACCAGAUAGAUUAAAGCCAGCAUGAACCUGAUCUCUCGCACACGUGAGGAUUCAGGAGAGUCCCUCCAUGUUACUCCUCUGGCCACCUCAUGCUGGACCGCUCCGCGUUCUUGUUCUGUUGUUUGUUUUGUUCUUUAUCUUCUUAAACGUGUAUGGUUAUCGAUGUAAUAGGCAGCACCCUAGGCCCCCUGACUCCCAGCUCUUGUACGCCCUCAGUGCAGCACCACUUCUUUGUCAGAACACCCCCAGAGCUCUAGGUGAAAUGCAUGUGUUAAUUACAGUUUCUUUUCCAUAAGAAGAAAAACACAGUUUGAGAAGAGCAGCACCUGAUUGAAUAAAAAGGAUGUUCUUGACUGUA